CAAUAUGUAAGGUGUUUGUUUAUCAAGAAUUUUGAUAGUAACACUCAGUGAAUUUAGUCAAGUAUAGUGAAAAAGUGGAUCACAUUUCCUAUAAAAGUAUAAAGAUAUACGAAGGAUACGAGAAAUGGAGAGACGAACCGUAGUGAAGGUUAAUUUUAGUUGUAUGCGUUUAUCGCGUACAAUGCGCACAGAGACUACACAAAAUGACCAAUGUGAAGUUCAAUACAGUUACGCUCGCAACAUUUUAAAUUACAGACAGUCGAACGUUUUGGUUGCAGAACAAUCAACUGUCGGUACUCAAGGUUCCGAACACUUAAGUUCGCCUCUGCAAGAGCAGGUCCCUCCAGUUGCCCGUGCUACGAAACAUGGUGAAUUCGAUAACAAAACUAUAAUUUUGAGCUCAGACGACGAAAGUCCAGACAAGAAUGGCACUCGAGAAGGUUUGUUCGGCGAGAAUAAUAACAAAUACUAUCAUAAGUGCAAUCCUGACGAUGGUGCAUUGAGCGACGCAUCAACAGUCCCCGAGUCUGUUCACGUCUUCAAGCUCUACGAUGAUCAUGAUGACUCCUCAUCACCGGAAGACAUUCAAAUGCCCGAAAUCACUUCUACCGAGCCAGUAAAUAGCGUAGAUUAUCCGCCUUCCCUCGACGUCGAGGAUCAAUCUAAUUCUAAAACUGAUGAAAGCUCCACUGGCGAAAAAAAAUCUUCGGGAAAACCGACCAUCAUUGCGAAUGAAGUGUGUCCUCAAAAAGUUUUAGUUUACAGACAACCUUCGAUCGAUGAUGUUGACGAAACUAGUAAUGAAUUUCUCGGUUUCAAUUCUCACGAAAAAGGGGAAAGUACCUUGCUUAAUUUACGCUUUGGCAAAAUUGCAAAUGAAGCUAACGAGUUUAUUUCUGCUGGAGAAGGCAAGAUUCGAGAUCUUUUAAGUAUCUAUACCAGCAAAAUAGAUUCGCAAAAUUUGUUUGGAUGUCCAGCAAGAUUCAGACCGAUAUUUCCAGAAAGAUUUUCAGCAAAAAGAUUGAAUUUGAGAACACUUGAGAAUUUCGUGAAUUUCCAAGACAUAAAGAAGACCGUUAAAACUGAUCCAAUCGUUUAUAAGUUUCCAGGAAUGAUUCGCGAGACUUGUGUCGAUGAACGAUCAGAGUCAUCUGAUUCCUUUUCCUAUUUGAGGAAUGACCUUCCGAAUCAAGUGGAACCAGUUGCGACUAUUGUCCUUGCAAGAAAUAUUCUCAGAUCUUCUCUAGUGAAUCCACUUUCUGAACCAAAAGGUUCUGGCUAUUCAGUGCUGAAUCCAAUCUUUAUGAAAUUGACUUUAAAGAGUCCCACAGUAAUGAAACGGUUGAAAAGGAGACUGAAGAACAUGCGUAGGCAGCUGAGUCGUAAAGAAAAACUGAAGCUUACGGAACAAAGUAGCGAAUCUCCGCCCGUUAAAUCUUCUGCUACAGAAUCCGUCGUGAAUUCUCCGAUAACAAGAUCAAAAGCCGCAGAACAGCGAACUUUGAAGAGGAGACGAAGAAACAGGCGUGGGAAGCUGAGUCGUAAAAAAAAUCAUCGCAAGUUGAGGAAAACAAGCAGCAAAUCUUUGCCUCUUAAAUCCGUUGCUGCAGAGUUGGUGGCAAAUUCUCCGAGUAAGAAGUCAAAAGCCGCCGAAAUUGUUGCCGGCAGCCCGGAGAAAUCGAUUAGGGACCAAGAAUCCAGGAAUCAGCAUCUUACAAGAUCGUCUACAAGCUCCUUGAAUUCUGUCGCGCCUCAUCAUCAGCCACGUCUCUCAUUAAAAGAAGUUAGAAUUGUUCUUCCUCCUUUAGAAUAUUCUACUUUAAAGAAGAAUUGCGAAAAUGAGAGACAGAUCUCAGAUUCAAAUUUUAAUUCUUCGUUGGUUCCAGAAAUGAAUGUGAGCUCCUGCGAUUUUGAAGAAUAUGAACAUCUAAAAUUAAGCGACUCGAUUUCAUUUAGGGAUUCGAAUGAUGAGAGUCAAUUCAGGGAUAAAAAUUCGUUCGAGGAAGGAAGAUUGCUGAAUACAGAUUCGGCUGAUGAAACAAUCCAGGUCCGAAGCUCGCUCAGAAUUCGAGAAUCCACUGAAAAGAGUUCACCACGUGCGAUACUGAGGAGUAUAAAACAUCAUCCUCAGCUUAGAAAAGUAAGUAAAAAGGUUACUUUCUCGCCAGAUAUUACUCUUUAUUAUAUAAAAAAAUAAUUAUCGUUUGUUUAAACAUUAUUGUUAAUGGGACGUAGCGUAAAAUACAAAUUUCAGAAAGUUUAUUCUUUUCCUUUCUACAUUGAAAGCAACUGCAACAUUUUUUUUUCGAUAAAAUAAUUUCUGGUCUAUUUUGCCAGUCCGGAAAUUUCAACCAAAAAAUUUUUUGAUUUAUUCUGUGGAAUACAUAUUUUUGCUGUAUUAAUUUUUUGAUUGAAAGAACCCUUCUCGAGAAAAGUAAAAAAAAAAGAGUGAACGGAGAAAAUUUGUGUUAUUUUUCAGAAUCAGCGGGAGUUUUUUAUUUUAGUUACUAAUGGGCUAUAUGAAAAAUAAAAAUUACGAUUUUCGACCCUUUAAAAAGCUAUUGGAAAAUUUCAGGUUAUUCAAAAUAUCAGAUUAACGUUUUUUAAAUCAAAUUUUAAAUUCUCCUUCAAUCUCAAAAGAAACAUUUUCUCUGAAGGAAAAUCUUUUACAAAUAAGUAACAAAAAAUACGACACAUUUUACAGGGAAGUACAAAUAAAUAUUAUAAAUUACAAGUCAGUGUUUUACAGGAAAAUAGUGUACAAGAAUUUACCAUUUUUUGUUUAAAAUGCAGAAUCUUAAAAUGCAAUAAUCCAUAUUAAAAAAGUUAAAUUUUCUGAGCCUUAAAGUAAUUAUCGUGGCAAAAAUCAGGUGUGGAAAAAAAUAUAGUUCUCCGAUUUUAUGAAUUGA